GUGUGGACCUGGCCUGCUGCGGCCUCGGCGAGGACGCUGCGCGGCCGGUCGCGGGGCUGCCGGCUGUUCCGCGCUGGCCGGCGCGGCCCUUGGCUUCCAGCAGGCAACAGCUUUGAAGUGUGGAGUGGGAAAGGAGCAGUGUGUGCUGUAAAAGCUCGUUUACUUCAACAGAAAAUUAAUUGUUGAAAAAGCCAGUAUGGCUACAGGAGGAGGCCCUUUUGAGGAAGGCAUGAAUGCCCCGGACUUAGCAAACUGGAGCAACGAGAUUGUUGAUGACCGGCUCAAUAAUAUGGACUGGAGUGGCCAGCAGAAGAAGGCAAAUAGAUCAUCAGAAAAGAAUAAGAAGAAGUUUGGUGUGGAAAGUGAUAAGAGGGUAACUAACGAGAUCUCCCCGGAGUCGUCACCAGGAGCCGGACGGCGAAGAGCCAAGACUCCACACACGUUCCCACACAGCAGAUACGUGACUCAGGUGUCUGCCCCAGAGCAGGCAGAACUGGAGAGACUUAAACAGCGGAUGAACUUCAGCGACUUAGAUCAGAGAAGCAUUGGGAGUGACUCUCAAGGGAGAGCAACAGCCGCCAACAACAAACGUCAGCUGAGUGAGAGCCGAAAGCCCUUCAACUUUCUGCCUAUGCAGAUUAACACGAACAAGAGCCAAGACGUUGCCCCAAGUCCUCAGAAGAGAGAAGCCGUCGGAUCAGCACAGUGCAAGGAGUUGUUUGCUUCUGCCUUAAGUAACGACCUUUUGCAGAACUGUCAAGUGUCUGAAGAAGAUGGGAGAGGAGAGCCCGCCAUGGAGAGCAGCCAGAUUGUAAGCAGGCUUGUUCAAAUUCGUGACUAUAUUACUAAGGCUAGUUCCAUGAGGGAAGAUCUUGUAGAAAAAAAUGAAAGAUCUGCUAACGUUGAGCGCCUGACUCAUCUUAUAGAUCACCUUAAAGAACAAGAAAAGUCAUACAUGAGAUUCCUCCAAAAAAUCCUUGCUAGAGAAAAUGAGGAGGAGGCUGUUCGGACUGUAGAGUCAGCUGUGGGAUCUGGCUCUGUGGCUGGGAGCACAUCGCUACACAUAGAUGUGCGGUCUGAAGCUUCAGACACCACGGUAAAAUCGCCUGAGACCAGUAGAACUAGAUGGUGCCCGGCUACAACCGAAGACAGUCCUGUCAGGGACCACAACAGAGAACCUCUGAGGGAGCAGGAGAGCAGUGGGAUACAGACCCCAAGUUCUCAUAAAAAGACCAGACUUAAUGGUCUGACUGAGACUAGAAGGACCCCGGUGGUCAUGGCCCCCAAACCUUCUGUUGGCCCAGGACAGGAACCAUUCCCAAAGCGAAUUCUUCAGACGGGGAUUGGACUGGACAGUGCGAUAGAAAAUGAAACUGGUGAGGCCAGGGACCCUCAGCAGGAGCCUAUGGAGGAGAUCGAGAAUCUGAAGAAGCAGCACGAUUUGUUAAAAAGGAUGUUGCAGCAGCAGGAACAGCUGCGAGCUCUGCAGGGACGCCAGGCUGCCCUCCUGAGUCUGCAGCACAAAGCGGAGCAGGCUGUGGCUGUGAUGGAUGAUUCUGAAAAGGCUGCAGGGACCACCUCUGACCAUCCCACUGUACCGGGCAGACAGCCAGCUCGCUCUCCUUUAAGAGUUGGAACAGAAGCUACAGGUAGUCUAUCAGGAAUCAGCAUAACAUCUGAGUUAAAUGAAGAAUUAAAUGAUUUGAUUCAGCGUUUUCAUAAUCAGCUUCGUGAUUCUCAGCCUCCGUCUGCUCCAGACAAUAGAAGACAGGCAGAAAGUCUUUCAUUAACGAGGGAGGUUUCCCAGAGCAGGAAUCCGUCCGUUUCAGAACACUUACCUGAUGAGAAAGUCCAGCUUUUUAGCAAAAUGAGAGUGCUACAGGAAAAGAAACAAAAAAUGGACAAAUUGCUUGGAGAGCUUCACACACUUCGAGAUCAGCAUCUGAACAAUUCUUCAUUUAUGCCUUCCUCAGCCUCCCCUCAAAGGAGUGUGGAUCAGAGAAGUACAUCUUCCGCUCCGUCUGCUCCCGGAGGCUUAUCAGCCAUCGUCAAUGGUGAACCCAGUAGCCUCACGUCAUCUGUUCCGCAUCUGACUGCUGCCCUUGUUUCUCAGAAUGAAAGUGAAAACGAAGGCCAUCUAAACCCAACUGAGAAGCUCCAGAAGUUAAAUGAAGUUCGAAAGAGAUUGAACGAACUAAGAGAAUUAGUUCAUUAUUAUGAGCAGACAUCAGAUAUGGUGACAGAUGCUGUAAACGAAAACACGAAGGAUGAAGAAACUGAGGAGUCAGACUCUGAUUCUGAGCCCGUCACAAACAUUCGUAAUCCACAAGUAGCUGCCACCUGGAAUGAAGUAAAUAGUAAUACGAAUGCACAGUGCUUUUCUAAUAACAAAGAUGGGCGAGCAGUUCAUUCCAACUGUGAGAUUAACAACAGAUGUGCCGCCAACAUAAGAGCUCUGAACCUGCCUUCUUCCUCAGACUGUCGAUACAACAGAGAAGGAGAACAUGGCGUUCACCUCGCACAAGGUGAGGAGGAUGAGGAGGAAGAGGAAGACGCAGAGGAGGAGGGAGCCAGUGGAGCGUCCUUGUCCAGUCAUAGGAGCAGUCUGGUUGAGGAGGCUCCAGAAGAUGCAGAAUUUGAACAGAAGAUCAACAGACUUAUGGCAGCAAAACAGAAACUUAGGCAGUUACAAGAUCUCGUUGCUAUGGUGCAGGGUGAUGACGCGGAGGAAGGAGCUAUCUCAGCCAAUACCACCAACUUGGGUGAUUUCUACCCAGCGGAAGAAGACACUAAACACAAUCCAAAUAACACUAGAGGAAAUGCCCACAAAACACAGAAGGGCGCCGGAGCAAAUGAAAAGGAAAGAGAGAAAUUUUAUGAGGCUAAACUUCAGCAGCAGCAGAGAGAGCUCAAACAGUUGCAGGAAGAAAGAAAGAAACUGAUUGAGAUUCAAGAGAAAAUUCAGGCCUUGCAAAAGGCGUGUCCUGAUCUGCAGCUCUCAGCCACUAGUGUGGGUAAUUGUCCCACAAAAAAUUAUCUGCCAGCUGUUACUUCAACACCAACUGUUCGUGAAAAUGAAACUACUACAAGCAAAUCUGUGUCUGAGCCUGAAGAGUCUUCAGUAGGAGAUAACGAGCUGUGGACAGAAAUGCGAAGACAUGAAAUGUUGAGGGAAGAGCUGCGGCAGAGAAGAAAGCAGCUGGAAGCGCUCAUGGCUGAGCAUCAGAGGAGGCAAGGCCUGGCUGAAACUGCAUCUCCGCUUGCUGUUUCAGUCAGAAGCGAUGGAUCUGAGAACCUGUGUACUCCUCAGCAAAGUAGAACAGAAAAAACGAUGGCCACCUGGGGAGGUUCUUCGCAGUGUGCCCUGGAUGAGGAGGAAGGCGAUGAAGGUGGUUACCUUUCUGAAGGAAUCGUUCGGACGGAUGAAGAGGAGGAAGAAGAGCAAGAUGCCAGUUCCAAUGACAGCUUCUCCAUGUAUCCUCCUAACGGCGUGAAUCAUAAUUCCUGUAAUGUAAAGGAAACAAAAAACAGGUGGAAGAACAAUCGUCCCUUUUCAGCAGAUGGAAAUUACCGUCCUUUAGCCAAGACAAGGCAACAGAAUGUCAGCCUGCAGCGUCAGGAGAACCUGCGCUGGGUGUCGGAGCUCUCUUACGUAGAAGAGAAGGAACAGUGGCAAGAACAAAUCAACCAGCUAAAGAAACAGCUUGAUUUCAGUGUCAGUAUCUGUCAGACACUGAUGCAAGAUCAGCAGGCUCUGUCCUGUCUCCUACAGACUCUUCUCACGGGUCCCUACAGUGUGAUGCCCAGUAACGUCGCGUCUCCCCAGGUGCACCUUAUCAUGCACCAGCUGAACCAGUGCUACACUCAGCUGACGUGGCAGCAGAAUAACGUUCAGAGGUUGAGACAAAUGUUGAAUGAACUUAUGCGCCAGCAAAACCAGCAUCCCGAGAAGCCUGGCGGCAAGGAACAAGGCAGCAGUGCAUCACAGCCCCCUUCUCCCGGCGUGUUCUGUCCCUUCAGCUUUCCCACACAGCCUGUAAACCUCUUUUCCCUGCCUGGAUUUACUAAUUUUUCAUCGUUUACACCAGGUAUGAAUUUCAGCCCUUUAUUCCCUUCUAAUUUUGGAGAUUUUUCUCAGAAUAUUUCUGCACCCACUGAACAGCAGCAACCAUUAGCCCAGAACCCUUCAGGGAAAACAGAAUAUAUGGCUUUUCCAAAGCCGUUUGAAAGCAGUUCUUCUAUUGGAGCAGAAAAACAAAGGAAUCAAAAACAGCCUGAAGAGGAGGUGGAAAACAGUAGGCCGCCGUGGUUAUAUGACCAAGAAGGCGAAGGAGAGAAACCAUUUAUUAAUGCUGGCUUUGCAGCGUCUGUAGAGAAGAGUGCAAGCGGUCAUCGCAGAGGUCACGUGGACGCUGACAGGAGGAGACGCCAGUUUGAUGAAGAGUCACUGGCAAGCUUGAGCAGUAUGCCGGAUGCGGUAGACCCAACAGCCGUAACCAAAGCCUUCAAGACGAGAAAAGUGGCCGCACAGGCCAGCCUGGCCUCGAAAGACAGAACUCCCAAAUCAAAGAGUAAGAGAAGGAAUUCCACUCAGCUGAAAAGCAGAGUCCAAAAUGUUGGGUAUGAAAGCGCCAGCGUGUCUAGCACAUGCGAACCUUGCAAAAGUAGGAACAGACAUUCAGCCCAGACUGAAGAGCCUGUUCAGGCAAAAGUAUUCAGAAAGAGUCACGAGCAGCUGGAAAAAAUAAUAAAAUACAAUAGGUCGACAGAAAUAUCUUCAGCACCUGCUAGGAGAAUACCUCAGCAGGCUAACAGCAAUGCAUGCGAGGAAGCGCCAGAAACUGGGAGUGAUUUUUCCCUGUUUGAAGCCUUGCGGGAUACUAUUUAUUCUGAAGUAGCAACGUUAAUUUCUCAAAAUGAGUCUCGUCCACAUUUCCUUAUUGAACUCUUCCAUGAGCUUCAGCUACUCAACACAGACUACCUGAGACAGAGAGCCUUAUACGCAUUGCAGGACCUAGUAUCCAGACAUGUUUCUGAGAGCCAUGAAAAGGAAGACGAGCAGGUGAAGUCGGUGAAUUCUGGCACUUGGAUAGCAUCAAACUCAGAACUUACUCCCAGUGAGAGCCUUGCUACCACUGAUGAUGAAACCUUUGAGAAGAACUUUGAGAGAGAAACACAUAAAAUCAGUGAACAAAAUGAUGCUGACAACGCUAGCGUCAUGUCUGUAUCUUCAAAUUUUGAACCUUUUGCAACAGAUGAUCUAGGCAACACUGUGAUUCACUUAGAUCAGGCGUUAGUCAGAAUGAGGGAGUAUGAACGGAUGAAGACUGAGGCUGAAAGCACCCCGAGUAGAAGAUGCACCUGCAGGAUGAUUGAGGACGAAGACGGUGCUGCCGCCGCUGCUGCAGGUGGUAACUUAGAAGAAACUCCCAUUAUUGAAAAUCAAAGUUUACAACAACCUGUAAGUGACGUUUCCAACGUCCCUUGUCCUAGAAUUAAUACUCAACAACUGGACCGGCAAAUUAAAGCAAUUAUGAAAGAAGUCAUUCCUUUUUUAAAGGGGCACAUGGAUGAAGUGUGUUCCUCUCAGCUCCUCACUGCAGUGAGGCGCAUGGUUUUGACCCUGACCCAGCAAAAUGAUGAGAGCAAAGAGUUUGUCAAGUUCUUUCAUAAACAACUUGGAAGUAUUUUACAGGAUUCACUGGCAAAAUUUGCUGGCAGAAAACUGAAGGACUGUGGAGAGGAUCUGCUUGUUGAGAUAUCUGAAGUGUUGUUUAAUGAACUGGCUUUCUUUAAGCUCAUGCAAGAUUUGGAUAAUAACAGUAUAACUGUUAAACAGAGAUGCCAAAGGAAAAUAGAAGCAGCUGCAGUGAUACAGUCUUAUGCCAAAGAGGCCAAAAGGAUUCUUGAAGGAGAUCAUGGCUCACCUGCUGGAGAGAUUGAUGAUGAAGACAAAGACAAGGACGAGACCGAGAUACCCAAGCAGACUCAGACGUCUGAGGUACGCGGCGGCGAAGGCCCCAAAAAUGUGACAUCUGAUGCUUCUGACCAAGAGGAAGAAGAAGAAAGUGGAGGAUGUCCAGUGUCGAUUAAUUUGUCUAAAGCUGAAACUCAGGCUUUGACUAAUUAUGGAAGUGGAGAAGAUGAGAAUGAGGAUGAAGAAAUAGAAGAAUUUGAAGAGGGGCCUGUAGAUGUCCAGACUUCACUUCAGGCCACCACUGAGACUACAGAGGAAAAUGACCCCGACCAGGUUCUGCAGCACGACUUUGAAAAAACAGCAGAAAGCAGAAAUGUCCCAUUGGAACAAGAACCCACUGCUACUAAAGAUGACGAGGAUAGCACUCCUGUGAAACCCUGUUACCUCAGUAUCGUGGAAAAUGAGCAACCUCUAAGUAGCGCUGCCUGUGAGGACUCCCUGGCUACCACCGACUCAUCGAAACAGCCUGAUCCUUUGCCGUUACCGCUGACUGAAAUUGAAACCUUGGUGCCUAGAGUCAAAGAAGUGAAAUCUGCGCAGGAAACUCCCGAGAGCUCCCUGGCUGGCAGUCCUGACACCGAGUCGCCUGUGCUAGUGAAUGACUACGAAGCAGAAUCUGGUAACAUAAGUCAAAAAUCUGAUGAAGAAGACUUUGUGAAAGUUGAAGAUUUACCACUUAAACUGACAAUAUAUUCAGAGGCAGACCUGAGGAAGAAAAUGGUAGAAGAGGAACAGAACAACCAUUUGCCUGGGGAAAUAGGAUGUGAGACACAAACCGAAGAGUUAGCUGGGAAUCCUCAGAGGCUGAAAGAACCUGAAACAGUGGGAGCCCACAGUAUAUGAGAUGUCUUCAGAAGCUUAUCUAACUGUCUUCACAUAGUCAAUGCAUAUAGGAAAAUGGCACUAAAUAAACAUCUGUUCUGAUCUGUAUAAAACUGUUAAUUAGUUGGACACUGCAUUUUUGAUAGAUGUACUAAUUUCUGCCCAUGGCAGUUUAAAACAUCAGAAAUUGAAUUCUGUAGAUUCAAGCCUUGAAACACACUGUGUUUUUCUUUAAUUUGCUUUUUUUUCUCUUCUUUCUUGUCUUAAUCUUUUUACCUCCGUUGUGAUGUUCGGUAACGUUAAAUUUAAAAUGUAGUUUUAAAUAAAGUUUGGACUUGUCCGUAAAGUAUCUUUUUGGGAAGUUCUAUACAGCAAGUAUUCUAUACAGCAAGUCACUGUUGUGUGUAAUGAGGGUGUUCAGAGAAGAGCAGUGGUAAAGAGUCAGGAGUGAGAGAUAUUUCCUAUUUAUUAUAAAGCCCAGCCACUGACCUUUUUCCUUAGGCCAGGCUUCCGGCUAAUGCCAGUGCUGCUGCUGUCAGGCCUGCUGUUCUUUUCAACAUCUGCAUGUCCUAUUCCUGUGCAAGAAUAGGGCAGGUGAUAAAGGUAUCCAGGAUGUCUCUGAGGUUAUUGUAGAAUAUAUAUAUAUAUAAACUCUAUUUAGAUUGGGUAAAAAGUUUCCAGUACAUGUCCAUAGUACCUAGAACUUAAAUAAUUGCUAGAUAAAUAUUAAUAUUUUCCAGAAUUUCAUUUCCUAUGUCGCUUUAGACUUAAAAAAGAAAAAAAAGCUUUAUAUAAUUAGUAAGCAUUUCUGCAUAGACAAGUAACAUUGUGAAUAAUUUUAAAUGAAAAAUCAAAUUCUUUCAAGUAGGGAUUAACAGAACUAAAUUUAUAUACCAGAGCAGUAAGGUUCUGUAUUCCUUCAGGCAAACUUUUCCCUUUUAAGAUGAUAAUUUAAGACCAAAGCACAGCAGCUGCUUCUCGACUAGUAAGCGAGAGCAGGUUUACAGAUGAUGUAUUCAGUAAAGAGAGUCUACCUGACUUCUUCCUCACGAAGUAGAUCAGCUUUUAAAAGGUGGUUUACACCCCACACUUGCCAUAUACUCACUCAGUAAGGCUCCAUAGACCCGGUUACUAGAUCAACCUUAUGGAUUCCUCCUUGAAUAAAAUAUAAAGAAUUAGUUACAAGUCUUUUAAAUUUGGUUACAAUUAACUGAAAUACCCCAUAGGAAAAGAAUGUGGUUAGUAUUCCCUUAAAAUACUUACUCGAUACCUCUGUGUGAAACUAUGGCCAGUCAGGAAUAUUAAAUGAAGAUUUCCCUAGGAGGACAUUUACUAAAAAAUAUCACUAGUUAAUUUAAAUUAGGUAAGACAUACCUCCAGAUUUAAUAAAACCUCUUCAGAAAAUAACCAUUCCAAAAUCAAGAAUUCUUAUCCAGUUGGCCUUACUUCAGGGAAGUUGAAACAGUAGGUUGCAUUGUUAUGUGUCCCCAGAUUCUGUAUUAGUUUUCUAGACUCUAAGGAGGAAAAAGGGGAAAGCUUCAUUUUGGCACUCAAGCCAAGCCUUACAAAUAUUGUGGCCGUCUCUCUCUGCAUGCGUAUUAAAGGUAGAUACGGUGGAAGACUUGUACGUACAUCUUAGUUGUACAUCUUAGUCAUCAGUGUCUUAUCUAUGAGCCUUAUCAGAAUUGCUUAUUUGACUUGUUACAGCUGCUGUUAUCUAGUCUCGUCUUUUCCUUUUUCAGCAGAUGAUUUUCUUUUAAAAUGCCUAUGACUUGGGUGCAGAUAACUUGUUUAAUAUGUUUUCCCUAGUAAUUAAUUGCUAAAACUGUCAGGCAUUAAAUGUUCUUGUGUGCCUUUAUUUUUUUUUAAGUUAAAAAUUUGGUUAGAGGUAAAGGGAGAAACGGUCAAAAUGAGUGAGAGAGAACCCUGAGCAGGUGAGACCAUGCCUGACUAGAGCUAUCCAGGCUGCGGCUGCGCUCUUCGUAUUUUGUAAACAUUGACCUUGGACAAACUGCUUUUUCACUGUUAAUAAAUGUAUACCCUGCGUAUAA